AUGUAUGUAUGGGAGUUCUUCACGGAUUUAAGAGGCCAUGGUCUGGCCGGUGUACGAUGUCGCUUCUGCCAUUGGGUGACAAAUGAUCGCAGCCCUACAACAAUGAAAUUUCAUUUGAAGCGAAAACAUGACACAGGCCCCGGUGGAUUAUGGGCUAUUUGUGAGGAAAAAAUCAAUUCACAAGCACCUGCCAAUUAUGCUCCUCGAUCGCGAAAGUCCGAAGAUGUGCUGCUAAAGGCGUUGACAAAUCAACGGCAUCAAAUGCAAGCAUUUAACCCUUUUGGAACGGCCGAUGUAAAGAUUGGAAUGUCGGCUCAAGACGAUUUUUUAACGUCGCUGAUCCAACAAGCCACUAGUAUGUCGGCAUCUUCAGGAGAGCAAGAGGCUCUCGGCUCACAAGAAAAUGACGGUCUCUCCUUCUCGGAAUCAUUAUUUUUAACAAAACUCAAUGAAGGACUUAAAGAAGAAGAUGGUUCUUCCUCGUCUGCCAGCGGUCUCGUCUGCCCAUCCGGUAGCGAUUUUCAAUUGAGUGACGGUGCCAGUAUAGCUGCGCUUCUCCAGAUUGCCACGGACUCUGAUUUGACAUUCACCUUCAAUUCAAGACGUUGCGGUGAAUACUGUUUUGAGUCAAAUAAGAAAAAUGGACGCAUGGUCGUCUUCGGUGACGCUGGAACUGAAAUUCGCGUGGCUCAAAAAAUAGGCGACGAAGAGGUAAAUGUGGAAACUUGGCGAAAGAGUGAUUGGCCUCAGUUCUGUUGGGCCGUUCGAGGAGCGUGCGUACAUUUCCUAAAAGUCUAG